UCAUGUGUAGUUUACCUCUCGUGAUAUAUGGAAACAUACGAAAUGUUAUCGGCUCUGUUUGUACUGAUGUGGGGGUCAGGACCUAGUUAUUAAUGUAAAUAACCUACACAAAGUUUAUAUCAAAUGUACGUUGAAUUUAGUGAAAUAAAGAUCACAUAUUGGAUUCAUUAUUUCAAAUGAACUAUCCGUGAAUAAAUAAUUAAGAUGGCAGGUUUUAGUUUGAAAUACACAUUUGUGGUAGCAUUGUUAGCUUAUAUGAUAUAUUACAUGAACUCUCAAUCGCAAAUUUUGGUGGUAAACAAGGUAAACAGCACGUACGACUACAUCGUAGUCGGGGCCGGUUCGGCCGGAUCUGUGCUUGCAGCGAGACUCUCCGAAGAUACAAAUGUCAGUGUACUUCUUAUUGAAGCCGGGGGCGAAGAAACAGACAAUUUAACAGACUAUAAUACUCCACUUUUCGCACAACUUUUACAGAAUUCUAAAUCUGACUGGGCUUAUUAUACAACACCGCAAACCAACUCUGGAAUGUCUAGUUUUCGUGGCAAUAACAGGCAUUAUUGGCCACGUGGAAAAGUUCUAGGAGGGUCGAGUAUGUACAAUAAUAUGCAGUAUGUUAGAGGAAGCAAAUAUGAUUAUGACGAAUGGUCAAAUAAUGGCUGUGAAGGAUGGAGUUAUGACGAAGUGCUACCAUAUUUUCUUAAAUCAGAGGACUUUAUAGGACAUGACUUAAAAACAUCAAAAUACCAUAAUGUCGGAGGACCUAUGGGUGUGACUCUUGAUACUGUAUAUGGAGCAUUGGGAAAUAGAUUUGUAAAAGCGGGCGUGGAACUAGGUUAUAAUGAAAACAAUGACUUUAAUGGUGAGAAUCAAAUUGGAUUUGGUAUAAGUCAGGUGUCAGUGAGGGACGGAAAACGAGCAAGUACGGCGAGAGAAUUUUUGCGUCCUGCUAUGAGACGUAAUAACUUACAUGUUGUCGUAAACGCCCAUGUUACUAAAAUAAAUAUCGAACGAAAAUCCGCUACAGGUGUCACAUUCAUAAAACAAGGAAAAAAGAUAAUCGUACGGGCAAGAAAGGAAGUAAUUCUAUCGGCUGGGGCCAUUGGUUCACCUCAAAUUCUUAUGUUGUCAGGAAUUGGACCUAAAGCUCAUUUGGAAGAAAUGAACAUAGAGUUAAUAAAUGAUCUUCCCGUUGGUAAAAACCUGCAAGAUCAUCUAUUAAUAAUAUUUCCGUCAGAUGUUACUAGAACGGAGGAGGUUUUAACUAGAUCCCAAGCUGAAGGGUGGUUCCCAAAUGUACAAUACUCAAUGUUUAAUUCCGGCGUGCUAUCGUCGACAGGUACGGUUGGAACUGCGUUUAUCAAGUCGAACGAACAAGUAGAAGAGUAUCCUGAUAUUCAAAUUCACAUGGGUAUCACUAAGCCAAAUUUAGAAUUGUUUAGUACAUUGAAUGCAACAUUUCUUAGAAAUGUGUACAACAAAAGGUUUAAAGAAGGUUUAGCUUUAAUACCAAUCUUGUUACAUCCUAAAAGCCGAGGUGAAAUUACAUUGAAGAGCUCCGAUCCAUUUGAUUAUCCGGACAUUGAUCCUAAUUACUUAGACCACCCUAAGGACAUAGAGGUACUAAGGAAAGCUCUAAAGAUAUCUGAAAACUUACUCGACACAGAAAGUUUUAAACAAAUAGGGACUAAUUCGAACACAUUUAAAAAUGCAGACUUUUGUUCAAUGCAUGAAUACGGGUCAGCAAGUUUUUAUGAGUGUUUAAUCAAGGCUUUAGCUCACACUGUUUAUCACCCAACAUCAACAUGUAAAAUGGGACCUGAUACUGACCCUGAAGCUGUCGUUGACCCGACUUUAAAAGUUAGAGGAAUAAAGGGACUCCGAGUUGUAGAUGCCUCUAUUAUGCCAAAUAUUGUUUCUGGAAAUACAAACGCACCGGUAAUCAUGAUAGCAGAAAAGGCAGCUGAUAUGAUUCGCAAUACAUAGCAUUUAUAUUAAUAUAAUAUUGAUUCUAUUGCAGUAGUAAACACUAUCAAGAUUUGAUGGAGCUAACAGACUUGUGUAUAUAAACAACUUUAAAUUGUGCUCGAUAUAACUUCAUCUGAUACACUCGUAUGUGAAAAACUAUUCCUAUGCCGUUUUCCUGUGUUUGUGUCUAUAACUCGUUAUAAACUAUCAUGAUAUCUAUAUAAUGCAAAAGAAUGAUUUCCUUCAAGUCAAUUAGAUUAAAUUGUACUUUGUUUUAUAGGUGUAAAUAGACUACACUGUAUGGUAAUAAUAUGACCUUGACCGUUUAUCUGCCUUCACAAAGGUUAUUUAAAUGUAAGGGUACCGGUUCAAAAUAUAUUAACAAUAUAGUAUAUGUGGUCUACAUAAUGAUACCCUUACAAUAUUAAUACAACAGCAUAGGGAAAUAGUCUAUUUUACAAGUCUAUAUAGUCACAGAGUUAUAUAUGCAUUUUAUAUUUGUUUAAUAUUAUAAAGUAAUAAAAAUUA